GUGCAUGUGUUAGAUUAGUUUCUAUGGUAACGUUUGAGUUUCGAAAGGGCGAAAAGCUUGUCCUUGGAGUGACUAACGUUAGCGCUUUUACAAAUCAUUGUCGUGUAAGACUUUGUUUGUUUUGUUUUUUUUGCACCAAUAUUCCAAGCAUUUGUUACUAAAUAUUGUAGCUGCUAAACAUCCGUCUACUUCCAAACAGUUUUCAUAUUAUCCUUCAGCAACGUGAGUACACUUGGAUAUUUAACUAGCAUUUCGUUUAGUUGUUACAGUAGUUCGGUUCGUUUAGAGCAUGGACAUCCCUGGCUAUGAUAAUAAGGCAGCUCUGCAGCAGGUGAAUCAGUUUUGGUCGAUGUUAGAUGACAUGUCUCAGAAUAAUCCGGAGGAGUACAGGACCUUCAUUGAACGCCAGUUACGGGAGGGAGCGGACUUUCACUCACCGCCGCAGCCGCAAGCCUGCAUCCGCACUCCUCUUCUGGGACCAAAGGAAGGAAUAUUGUACAUUAACAUGUGCGGUUGGAAACGUGUACCAGCGCCCACAUCUUACAGUGAUCCUGUUCCUGUGUGUGGAGGACGAUUGGAGACAGUGACUGAGGAGAAAGAGCAAUACAGUGUUGUUGAUGUUGCCUUCAACCCUGAGGUUCUGCAGAUGGCAGAGAAAGACAAACAUGAGAAAGAGAAGCUUCACCUACUUGCUCUGAACUUCAUCCAGCAGCAGCAUAAUCUGAAUCUGUCCCAGAGCUACAAACUCACCAAAGACAAAAUCAAAGGCAGAAUUCAGGAUUUGAAGCAGCGUCUCAUGUCACCACAAAUGUGCAAAUCUUCUGUCAAAAACCCACAAGCUGAACCAGCCCCAUCACUCCUACAGCAGAUCUCCUCACUGCGGCUGGCUGAGAGUAAUGAGGACUCAAGCAUCCAACUGAACAUCGAGCAGGAGAAUAAACCAGCCCGAUCAGGUCUCAUUGAGGUGAUCUCCAGCACAGAAUCAGACCAGUCGCAGCCACAACAACCCAAGCAUCAUCUCACAGUCUGUCCUGAUGGCAGCAGCUCAUCUAGGAGCCUGCAGCUGAACGUUGAGCUUCCUGGGGUGAGAUCUGUGUCACAGUGCCAGCUCAGCAUCUCUCAGGGUGAUAUUCUCCUGGAAGUAGAAGAACUUUAUUAUCUUCAUCUACAAUUUCCUGAGUUGGUCAAGGAGGAGACAUGCACUGCAACGUUUAAUAAGAAGAAACAAAUUCUAAAUGUUACAGUGGCUGUGUUAUGAGAACACUUAUUUAUCCAGAAACUGUUGUCUCCAGGAUCAUUAAUCAUGCAAUGAAAUUCAUGGUUACAUCAAUAAUAAUAUGCAUCAUUUUUGGCCUCAACAGGUAUAUUUUAUUAAACGACAGACAUCUGUUCAUACAAUUUUAAGACAAUUAUAGAGAUUAAGUAGGGAUGCACCAAACUAAAUUCUGUUAUAAGCCAACAAUUAUUCCAUGUUA